AUGGAUCCUGCUGGAACGACCAGCAUCGCUUUAGUUGAUGAGCGGCUGGAGCAAUUUGCUGCUCGGCAGGCUGCUGAAGCGCAGCAGUCUGAGCCUGGGACGCCAACUCAGCAGCCAACACCUAGCAGAAGUGCCCAGCGUGUUUCAUCGAAAGCAUCUUUCCAGCGUUUGGUCCUUACCGACCCUGUUGCAUUCAAAUAUCUCGAGGAGGACCCUUGCGCUGUCACUAUCAGCCGGAAAUUAAGCAUACCCGGAUACCAGCUUUACAUCGUUGAGCAAUGGGUUUGCUCGAGGGCACAUCCGACGUUUGUUAUCAAUACAUAUACCGGUGAUAAGUCUCACACGGUCGUAGCCGGCGUGCUCAGUGUGCCGACGGAUGAAAAGAAAUGGAGUGAGCGGAUGAGGGUCUACUUCAAUGCAAUGGACCAGUUCCAUACCCGGAAGCAGGAGUCCAGCUUUGGGACUGUGAUGGUCACAAACCUGAGUACAUUUCCGCCGAUGCUUACUACCAUUCCUGUUCAAGAUGGAGAUGUUGGGCUUCACCUAGAUGACUUUAUUGUUAAUGAGAACCUGAAGCGUCUAGGCUGCUCGGGAAGGGCUGGCCUUACUGUCAAACCCCCUGCGGCAGAUACACAAGCCAAGUUCUACCAGCUUUAUCAAACAUGUGACAAAAUCGAAUUUAAUACCUCAGUCAAGGAGCUGAUCCGGGUAUGCCAGCUGGCACUCGUAAUGUUUGACAAGCUGGCACCUGAAUACGCGGAUGGGCUUCUCUGCAAUGCCACAGAACGAGCCAUAUAUGAGUGGUGGACCGAAACUGGUUCUUUCCUUUAUGGUAUCGAACCUCUUGAUGGGAUACUUGGUCCUACUACAGUUUCCGCGAUUCUUGGUACUUUCAUGGGUGCAAGGAACCGUCUACAUGCAUAUGGAGCACCUGUAUCUAAGGACCCAUUCGAUAUCCAUGGUUUCGAAAAAGGCAUAUAUAGCUUCCAAAAAGCCCAGGGACUUGAUAGAACACGAAGACUUGAUGGCCUGACUCUGGAAAAACUACAUCGGGUGACUGCAAAAGCCGCCAGUGGGGAGGUAGGAGGCUUACAGCGAGCUGUAAAAUCAACAGUAGCCGAACUUGGCGGAAAGGGAGGGGAGAUGGUCAUGGAGAUGGUGGGAGGAGGCAAAGACAAAGCUGGCAUCUCAGAGAUUGAAACAUAUGAAAUUGAACGGUUCAUACAACUCAUCACCGGAGACCACGCAAGAUGGUUAUGGCGUGGAAAGCCGGCCAAACCCCUGUAUGAAGCACGAUACGAUAUUGGAGAUGAAAGGAUCUUUACACCGGACAGGGGUGGCGGAUACAUCUGGACGCGAAGGAAAAGAGACGACUGCGCUUCAAAUCGCCCGAGUAUUGAAGGAGAUCAAAGGAAACAGACAGACUCUCCAAUUGGCGUUGAUGAUAAAGACCAGCUUAGAAAUACGCUCAAGCGUUCAGUUACCAACAAAGUAUCGGAUGCUCGUGCUGGACUCGGUCGGUUCAGGGAUGCCGUUGGGUUGCCGACCUUACGCCCACAUCACCACAAGCAUUCCAAGGAAAGCGUGGACCUAGACGCAAACCUAUCCCCACAGCUCUUUAUGGGGGAGACUGCCACAAGUACAAGCUCUAAAGAUGGAGGAGGGCCUGAAGGUUCUGCUUGGAUGGAUAGCGUGGCGCUGUCAGAAACUAGUCGGCUUGAACCUUCCGCGGAUCAGACAGGGUCCAGCCCUUCGACAGCUCCAGAGUUGGGUCAUGUAAGGACAUAUGAACAACUUGGUGGUAAGGAUAUGUCCCCAUCUGACAAAGGCCCCGAUUUCAGGGAGGUGGAAGGGCCACCAGGAGGUUCUGAAGAGCCUGAACGAAAGCAAAACGGUGAAUACCAUGGUCUUGUCCCUGUCACUAGGAUCCGACGACGUGCUGAAAGUGUGGGUUUACCGGAGUUGGACCGUCUUGUCGCGAAAGAUAAUAUCUAUCCUCGUCGUCUAUCCUCUAGCUACGCUGAAGAAUACCUACUACGCUGGGAGGAGAUAGGAGAUAUCUAUUCCGAAGCAAUUGACCCAACGGUGGGCCUUGUGGAUGCUAUCUUAUAUGAAGAUAUGAUAUUUUCUGAUAACCAGGAGAUUGCCAAAAGGAUGCGUGAAGUGGGGAAUAACGCAGUAGACUGGGUUGACGAAAAAGUAACGACGGCGGAAAAGAUUGAAAAGGCCGUCAAAGCCCGGGCAAUAGAGACUCAAGCGGCGUAUCAAAGAAAGCUGAUGGAGUUAAGAGAGAUGUAUGGAAUCUCUCGCGACGUCAUGGCUGAAGAGGAAAACGUAUACAUGCAAGUAGUGAAGAAUGUUGAGAUGAUGAGCGAAAAGCUUGACUAUGAUGUUGAUACUCUUCGUUCAAGGGUUGAAGAUGCAGAGGCUGUCUUGCGUGAUUAUGAACAUGUCAUCGCCAACCUUGAAAACAGGACAGCAUCGGUCCUGGAUGGCCAGGAGACCGAAAACAUUUCCUGGCUGCAAUGGGUACAUGAGCUCUGGAAUCGCCAACGAUAUAAAUUUCAGGCACAUGGCCCCCAAAGCUCCAACAAUGGCAAAUAUUCGAGGUUCCCUGGCGAAGGUGCUAGCUAA